AUGGUCACCGUCGCAGUCGCAGGAGGGACCGGCAAUCUGGGCCGCACGAUCGUGGAUGCGCUAAAGGAGAGCCCAAACCACAAGGUCGUUGUCCUGACGCGCAAAGGAUCCAAGGGCCCAGAGAUGGACGUCCCCGUCUUUGCUGUCGACUACAGCGAUGUCGAGUCGGUGGCUCAUCUCCUCGAGACAAACGACGUGCAUACCGUGAUCUCGGCCCUCAGCAUCAGAGGCCCGACCGAGGGCGCCUCCGAGAUCAGUCUCGUCAAGGCUGCAGCAAAGGCGAAGGCGACGAGACGCUUCAUCGCGAGUGAAUACGGCACCUUGGCGCCUACUGACAAGUAA